AGUGAGCUCCAAUUGGAUUUUUACAAUUCCAAUACCGUUUGUCCGCAAUUGGGAAAAUGGCAAAUUCCCAACCAGAAAAAAGGGACCAUAUAUUUUUUUAGUUUGGCCAAAGGUUUCAUUUUCAAAUUUCGGAAUUCAAAUAUUUUCUCCUCGGUCACACUGACCCCACCACGACCAAUAAUAAAUACGGCAAAAAAUUAAAAUUCGGCAAAUACACGAUAUAAUCUGUGCAGAUUUCAUUGUAACCACGGAAGCGGUUUUAAUAUGUCACUUAUUAAAAAUUUGGUAAAAGAAACGGAGAACAAGCCCAAGAAAAAAAAGAAAGAUGCUGGAUCCGGGGACAGCGAUUCUGAUGGCAAGGGAGGGCCACUGCGACCAUUUGUCAAAACGGCUACCGAUCUGCAGAGGCUAAAAUUGGAAAAACUUAUGAAGCAUCCUGAGAAGCCCGUAAUCAUACCAGAGCAGCGUCGCGAACGGGACUACAACGCGUCGGUGCCAACAUUUGUGCGAAACGUAAUGGGAAGCAGUGCCGGAGCUGGAUCCGGCGAAUUUCAUGUUUAUCGACAUUUGCGUAGGAAGGAGUAUGCCCGCCAGAAAAAUAUACAGCAUCAAAGUGCCCGUGAGGCUGCAGACGACGCCUACCAACAGAAAAUAGAUGACAACCGACGCUUGGCCGAGGAGCGCACAGCCAAAAAGAGGGCUAAGAGGCUCAAGAAGAAACAGCGAGCAAAGAAACCGCGAGAACAAAAGACGGACGUAGCUAAACCAGAAUCGGAGUCGAGUGGAAGUGCGUCGGAAGGGGAAGAUGUUGAGGAGAAGCCAGAGACGGCAGAUCAGAAUCCAGAUACAGCAGACCCAAAGCCAAACGUGAACUGCGAUGAAGGCCAACAGCGUCCUGAAGAAGCCAGCUCUGAACCGCCAGAGACAGUGGAUCUUCAGGAUUCUUCUGCAACUAAGCAAAACGAGACCUGAUUUUAUUACUCUAAUCUAAGGUCUCCACUUUGAAAAAAUACAUGUUCUAGUUUAUUAAUAAAACAAAAU